UUUCGCUGAACACAAGAGAAUUAUAUACAACACCAUGAUAUCUUGAUAAUAGGUUCCACCUCCUGGCCUCGUUUAUCGCUGUUUGCGAAUUUCCUUCGUCUUGAUGCCUUUAUGGCGUAAAGAGGCUCGUGAUUCUUAGCCAAACAUUAUCUGGGUUUAGGUAUUCAAUUGACCAUCACCAUGUCGGACGGCGAGGGUGGCUUCCGCGCAUAUGUCAUCGUCCUCAUAAUCCAAAGUGUAGUUGUAAUAGCGCUACGCUUCUACUCCCGAACCCUCACUUCAUCAUUAAGCGAUGUACGUCGUUUCUGGUGGGACGAUUGGGCGGCGCUGGCGGCAGGAGUGCUUCUUGUAGCGGAGUUGUCGGUAGAACUGGUGAUGGCUAGGAGCUUAGGUCAACAUAUUCGGGCCAUACCACCGGAGGAUGCAGUACUGUUCUUGAAGCUCUUCUUCAUCAGCGAUCUACUCUUCGAUUUCUCCCUCUUCCUGACCAAGGUUUCCGCACUACUGUUCUUCACUCGCAUAUUCCCGCUCUACACAACUUCAAGACGAUACAACGUCGUACUCUGGAUCAUCCACGGCCUCAAUAUUGCUUGGGUUAUCGCCGUAUUAUUACUGACCGUAUUGUCCUGCACACCUGUCCGUAAGGUCUGGCUUCCGACAACGUCUGGAUACUGUCAACCUUUGACUCCGGCUUAUCUGGGAAGCGCUACUGGGAGCGUGUUUAUUGAUCUACUGCUUCUUAUUCUGCCUUUACCUCGAAUCUGGAGUCUACAGACAAGCCUUGCGCGAAAAUUCGGUAUAACACUGGUCUUCGUACUUGGAUGCGCCGUGGUCGUUGUAUCACUCGGUCGCAUGAUAACCCUUAUCGUCUCCAAAGAAGCUUUAGACACCGAUCCCACAUUCCUCGGAGUAACUCUCUUCUACUGGUUCUCCGCCGAAGUCCCCAUCUCCAUCCUCUGCAUCUGCCUCCCGGCCAUGCUUCCCCUAGGCCACCACCUAAACAACAGAUUCAUCCAACCGCUAACCGACCGACUCCCCUCAUUCUCCAUCUCAUCCUCCAGCCACCGCUCAAACCGGCGUUUAUCACGAGAUCACCGGGAACUCUACGAAUCAAGCAAAGGCGCUCGCGCGAUUCGUCUGGAUUCAAAUACGCAUGUCCCAUAUGAACGCCGAGGGGAUGUCGAAGCGCAAAGGAGUGGUUCGGAGGAUAGUAGAAAGGCCAUAUUGAAUUUCGCGAUAUGCCCUGAUAACCACCACACUGCUGAGGUGCAGAGGGGUAAUCUCACAACUCCGCGCACGCACAGCCGUCCUGACGGGAUCUGGGUGGAAGAUGACGUCCGCGUGAGCAGCCACACGAAGUAAUGUUUGUAUGUAAUGAUUUCAAAUACCCAAAUGUUGUGAGAAAAUUCAUCGAGAAAGAAAAAAAAAAAUCGUCAAGAGACUUGGAAAGGUGUGGGGGCGGGGCCUCCCGGCUAAGCUGAGGCGCACGCAUUUCGCGGUUCAUGCCAUAGUCUAUUAUUCAUCGUCUAUCUCUCUGGCCAGGUAAAGCUC